GAUUCCAACUGUGAGACAGUUUACAGUAACCCGAGAGGAACCAUGGCUGAGUCACAGAUCAUCUGUCUUCGGGACGACCAUAUCAAUGAGAGGGUGACAGAGGACACGGUUAGCUUUUACUACAGUGAGGACCAAAGGAGACUCCUGGAAGCUCUGACCAAAGAAGGCUCACAGUCCUACCGAGAGCUUAUCAAGAAGAAAAACCUUAAAGACUUUCUCUCCACCAGGGAACUGAAUGAUAUCUGUUCAGGCUGGAAACCUUAUGUGACUGAAAGUCCCAAAAACUCCAAACGUGGCACUAACAAGCAGGCAAAGGACAGCACAGCUUCUCUGGAGUACUGGCCAGCAUUGUCCGACACGGAGAUCCCACCACUGGACCUCGGCUGGCCAGAAAAUGGAUUUUAUAGAGGGGUCAGCCAAAUGCUUGUGUACACGCACCCCCCCAAGGAAAACGCUCCCACUAUAAAGGCCGUAUUACGGGGUCUCAUACAAAACGCAAAGAAGGUCAUCGCCAUUGUCAUGGACCUCUUCACAGACCGCGAGGUGUUCAAGGAUGUGCUGGAGGCGGCAAAUAACCGGAGGGUCCCUGUGUACAUCAUCUUGGGAGAGGAGGGGGUGAAGCAUUUCCUGGAGAUGUGCGAAAUGGUGAAGCUCUCCAGCUUCAUGAUCCGGAAUUUACGAGUCAGAUAUGUAACGGGAGUUGGUUUUUAUCUGCCCAACGGGAAGAUCAGUGGAUCCCUCUCUCACAAAUAUCUCAUGGUCGAUGGAGACAAAGUCGCUUUCGGCUCAUAUAGAUUGACAUGGAGCUCCCUUCGCAUGGACCGUAGCAUUAUGACUUUCAUAUCGGGCAAGUACACAGAGCCAUUUGAUAUUGAAUUCCGUGAACUCUACGCCAUCACAGAGGAGGUCAACCUAUACAAAGAAUUGAGCAUCCCUGACACCCGACCAAGUCCCAUGUUGGGCGCUAGACAACGUUCUUCCACUGUUGCUCGCAAGCUCAUCAACCCAAAAUACUCACUAGUGGUUGGGAGGAGCCCAGCUCCUGGAGAAAUGUUGAGAUUUGGCAGUCCUAAACCUCCAGAAAAAGAUGGAGAGGAUUCAGAGAAUGAGUCAGAGAAGAGGAUGGCAUCAUUUUUGAAUGACUUGAUUUCCAAAGAGCAGGAAUUACCAGAGAUUGUGAAAUUUGAAAAUCUUCCAAAGGUUGCCACUCCCCUAAAGAAAGAACCAGCAAAGAGCCCAGAGGCUUCUCGCUUUAGCAAGUCCAGCAAACGGUUUAGUAAGUUUUUUAAGAAGUCACCACUAGGAGAACAGGAUGAAAAGAUGGUGGAAGGGGACUUUGUAGUAUUGAAUAAACCAAAACAUGACUACAGACAAAGCCAAAGGAGUCGCAGUAAUCAGGACCUGAGGUCAACCGGUAACCACAGCCCAGUGUCCACGAAAAGUGAGAAACCAAAGAUGGAUAAAUGUUUAGUCUCGUGAAGUGCAAAGGGGGGGGGGGCAUCGCUGGAAUAAACCUGACAUUGUACAGACAAUAUUUAUUUAAAACAAAAAAAGCACAAAAAAUACUUUAAGGUAACAAAUACUUACGGAUGCUGUGAAGAACAGAAAUCUCCAGACAGACUAUAUUUUUUAAUAAAAAAAUAAAUCGUAUGCACAAUUUCUUCCAGUUUCAGGAAAAUUCAGAGAAAAUGAGCUGGUCCGCUUUGUCAUCAGAUAGUUUGUUAAUAUUAUAAAUAUAUAUAUAUUUUAGAUAUCCGCUUUAAAGAAGAAAUGAUACCACUUAACCGUUUGGUUGCCAUAGAAGCCUGCAACAUGUUGCUGGAUAAUGUGUUGUAUCCCUCUCCAGCAAUUGAAGCCAGGGUUAAAGGCUGUUUCGAAGCAUUUUCUUCUUUGCUUUUUUUCUUGCACUGUAUCUUCCGUUUUGAAAGAGACAUUAAACUCAGAAUGAAACUCCUCAUAAAAUAAAACCGUUAAUUAUGUCUUUGAAAA